UAGUUUGUUAAAAAUCAUAUGCAAAAUAAUUAAUUGGCAGAAUAAAUUGUAAAUUAAAUUCAAGAGAAAUUGUUUGUGCUUCGAGAGCAAAAGGGGGUAGCCACAGCAACGCCUAAACGGGAGCAACGUACGGAGUCCACAUUCAGACAAGAGGCAACGAGCGAAGUACGAGAGCGGAAACGGAAAUCAGCAGCAGCAGCUACAGCAACACACACAGAAUUUGUUAACAAUGUCAUGGAGAUAUGCGCUAUCAACCGACAGAUACAGCAGCAGCAUUGGCGAUAGAUAUAGUCCUCACUAUUAUCAGUCGCCCAGCCGCUUGGAAGCCUCCGAACAGACUACGGGACGUCAGUUACAGCGGGUACUGCACUACUCGAUGGCCCCAUGCCGUGCUUUGCCAGGCUUAAGACGCGCUGAGUGUGCCAUACACGAUGUUGACUGCGAUGAAGUCUAUCCGGGCAUUUAUAUUGGUGAUGCUGCGGCCGCUAAGAACAAAACUUAUUUGAGAUUGAUGGGCAUUACACAUGUGCUAAAUGCCGCCGAGGGUUGUCGCUAUGGUCAGGUGGAUACUGGACACAGUUACUAUCGGGAUAUGCCAAGCAUUAGACGUCAACAUAAGGAUUGCUUUUUUAGAUAUAUGGGCUUUCCCAUGAUCGAUGCACCGACGACAGAUAUAUCCCGUUAUUUCUAUGUGGCAGCCAAAUUCAUAGACAGCGCCAUUGCCAGCGGCGGUAAAAUCCUGGUGCACUGCUUGGUGGGCAUGUCACGCUCGGCUACAUGUGUGCUGGCGUAUUUGAUGAUUUGCCGUAAAAUGUCCGCCGCAGAUGCGAUACGCACCGUACGGAUGCGACGUGAGAUUCGACCAAAUGAUGGCUUCCUGCAGCAGCUUGCCGAUCUCGAUAUGGAGCUGAAGCGCAAGAAUCUUUAUCCCUACUAAGGCUAAUACCAAAAAAUCUUCCCCUUCACACUCACACACACACAACCAAAGAUAUAUACACACAUUAGUUGAGUUGUUAAUUGGCUGAUUUUGGUUCUUUAAACCGAACAAAAAAUACAUAAACAAAUUGUUGUAUUGUUAAGCACACACACAUACACUUAUAUAUAUAUAUAAAGAAUAUACAAUUUGGUCAGUAAUUUAAUAUCAUGUAUACACUGAGAGAAACACCACUAAAAGCGUUGUUCUAAACUAUUUAAAAAAUUAUAUAAAAAAGCUAACGACUUAAACGUAACUUGGUCUUCUGCUAGAGAUUAAUAAAAAAAACAAAAAUCAAAACAAGUUAAAAUAAAAAAUGCAAUGUAUAUUUUUUUUUAGUGGCAGUUAAUCGGCCAAAACUUCCAUUUAGUGAAAAUCAAGUUACACACACACACACAAAGAUACAGAUACUAUAUCCUGACUUCCCGAUAAGCACAUAGCGACCUAUCUCCACAAUUUGAACAAUAAUUUGCAGCAAUUGUUCUGAUCAUAUAUAGGAUCAGCAUAGUCUAUAUAUAUAUACAUAUAUAUAUACCUUA